AGACUUUUGCCUGCAAGACUUCAUCGCAGACCGUGGAGGAAGACGCCGAAAUGACUUACAGAGUGAGCGGACACCUUAACGCGAAGCUCGGUAGUUAACUUUUUAUCGGACAGCGGGAUACUCGAGAUAUUUCCCCCAGCCACAGCAACGACAGCCCAAGGUUGCCAAACAACAAGCAUCAUUCAGUGUCAGCCAGAUAGCAGCUACAGCUUAGUCGCCUCGUCGCUGCUUCUCUGGAGCCUGUUAAUUCCUGCUUCAACAACAAGUCAACGAUGUCUGCAGACCCCCUGCCUAAACGCCCAGUCUGUAUCAGUGAUUUGAAGUUGGACAUCUUGCAACCAAAGAAUCUUUCCAGAAACCCCUGACUGCUGGUGUCUAUGGGUGUCUUCUUCCUCCUGGUUUCACUUCCUGGCCUCAGCUUUCUCCCCUCCUCUGAGGAAGUAAAGGAUGCUGUAGUGGUUGGAGAAACAUCUUCGUCUGCAUGGGUAUUGGUCAAGCACAUGUAAGCGUGGCACUGAAUCCAGAUCAGCUCUAGGAACACUUUGUAGUGGACUUUGACCUCUGACCUUUCUGUGGAUAUAGGUAACAGAGCAGAUAAUUUUUAUUUGUCCAGUUAUUGAUUCAUAUACAUCCAAGGAAAGACUUUCAGCCUCAGACCGGGCCUCUCCAGAUCCCCUCCCCUUUGCAACCCCCAGUACCAUGCUCGGUGCGCUCCUGCGGAGAAACAUGUCCCAAAAGCUGAGUGUGCUGCUGCUGGUUUUUGGUCUGGCGUGGGGGCUUAUGCUGCUGCGCUACACUGUGCAGCAGCCUCGCCAUCAGAGCAGCGCAGAGCUUCGUGAGCAGAUCCUGGAGCUCAGCCGACGGUAUGUCAAGGUCCUGACAGAGGAAAACCAGAAUGCGCCAGGUGGGCCGCAGGGAACAUCCAUGGCUGGUUAUGCUGAUCUGAAGAGGACUAUCGCUGUUUUACUGGACGACAUUCUGACACGGCUGGUCAAACUGGAGGGGAAAAUCGAGUUGGUGGUCAAUGCCUCGUCCACUAACACCUCCAACACAGCGGGGGGCGUCCUUGCCUCCGCUUCCGCUGCACUACAGAAAUCCUCAAAGCAGGAGACACCUGGCAGCCACCAAAGGAUGUCACGCCUUCACCCACACAUCCCUAAUAGGCCUCGUCCACAUCAAGGAGCAUAGUCUUGAUAGAUGUAUUGUUUUUGUUCUUUUUAGCAUAUUACACUUUUCUAGCAUCUAUCAGGCAAGUGAAAAGUAAUACAGACAUAUGGACACGCAGAAACUUGGGAAUUAGCGAUGCUUCUCAGAAAUGUUCAGCCAACUCGGAGGGAAGGAAAAGGACUUCUUUAUGCUCUGUCCUAUCAUGCUGAUAUUUAUUUUUUACCAAGACUAUCCAUUUUAUAAUUUGUUUUAUAUUUGCAUUGCUGAUUUUAUUUGCCUUGAAUUUUAGCAUUUGAAUGAUGCCAUGUAUGAAUCUUGUGACUGUUAAAGCAAAUGCAGAGCAGUAUAAACACACCUGGAACUGAA